AGCUGGUCAGGAUACCAUGGUUCAAAGAGUGGAGCAGUGGUAGUCAACCUGGUCCCUAUCGCCCACUAGUGGGGGUUCCAGCUUUCAUGGUGGGCGGUAGGGGUUUUGUCCGAUAUUGAAGCACUUUCCUUUUUUUAAUUUAAUUGACUUUUUAAAAAAAAUUCAUAGCAUUAUUUAAAAACAUUUUCAUUAGGUUUUCAUAAAAUUCCCCGUGACAAUUUAAAUUUCUGAAAAUAUACUAUUUGUAUUGCCCGCGCAUAAGUUUAGUUCACCUUACAUAAGUGAAACUAAAUGGCGCUAUAGUGCGACCGCAAACAAAAGAGCCUCGUCCCAGAACUGCUCGCGCAUCUCCCCCCACACCGCCCAGGUGUAACAGGCAAGCAGAGCUGGUAGCCGGCGCCCCCCCCCCAACCCCAAUCCACAAUGCGCGAGAGGCAUGUGCAGACAAUGAUACAUGGCACAUUACUGUGGAACUGGUGGGCGGUUAGAGAAUUUUACUACUAACAGAGAUACAAAAGUGGGUGGUAGGUAUAAAAAGGUUGACUACCCCUGGAGUGAAGGAACAAGCCAUGUGCAAUGGUCUUAGCCCUCCUGCUUGCAGAGGUUCCGGAAGCCUGGGGGAGGGUGGGUGGGGGCAAGCAGAAGGUCUCAGAAUGGAAGGAUAGACACCCCCCACCCCCCCCCAUGGGCUCUUGGAUAUGGUAAAGCAAGUCACAGCUUCUUCCUUGAAUGGAACCGCCUUGAAAAAUACUGUGCUCUUUUGUUUUUUUAACUGACUGAGGAUGUUGUGCGUUUGGUUUUUCAUCUUGUUAAUUUCUGGCAGCAUCACCAGGCCUUAACACUGUUCCCUACGUGUUUUGACAAGACUCAGUGACUCAGAGGGGAGAAUCUAGUUUCCAAAAUGCGGCAUGCUGGGGCCUCCCUCCCUCCCUUCCUCUUCUUUACCCUUCCUUCCUUCCUUUCCUUCUAUUCGUUUCUUGCUACCUUCCUUCUAUUUCUUCCUUCUAUUGUUUUCAUUCCUUCCUUCCUUCCAUUCCUUCUUUCCUUCUAUGUCUUCCUUCUAUUGCUUGCUUGCUUGCUUCCAUUCCUUCUUUCCUUCUAGUCCUUCCUUCCUUCCUUCCCCUCUUGCACAAGGAACUACUAUCAUUCAAGUUCCAUUCAGUUCCAACAUCAUUUCUUCCACGCAUGCAAUCCUUUAAGUACUUUAGUUUUCAUCCUUUGAGUGCGUUCAUUAUCCGGCAACUUUGUUUAAUGGUGUUUGUAGCAAGGGAAGGCGGUGCCAAUGUGUCUUUUUCCUUGGUUAUGGCUGCAAAAGACCCCUGUAAGAAACAUGCCUGUGAAAUCCAAAAAUGUUUGCAAGCAAACAACUACUUGGAAUCUAAAUGCGAAGCGGUCUUCCAGGAGAUGAGACGUUGUUGCGCCCAGUACCCUAAGGGCGUAUCCCUCUCUUGUUCAGGCUUUAAAGGGGAGGGAAAAGAGAGCGAGAAGCAGGUACCAGAUUCCAACCAACCCCCCACUCUGAAGCCCUGAGCAAGCCCCUACUCUGGGAGGGCCCGAGCAGCCUUACCUGCCGUCUACGUAGCUACCGCGCUAUACCUCAAUCUGUUCUCUUGCAUGGGAGGGCUACUCCCAAGAAGCAAGCCAGCCGGGUCCUCUUCCUCCAGACCCUGACGGAAGACCCAAAGGCAACAACGGCCCGUUGUCAUCGUCGGGUCGAAGAGUAGAGCCCCUAGCACUUUUGUUGUCAAAACGAUGUUUAACUGCUGUAGCCUUAUUGUAAAGUAGAUUGGAGUAGAAUGCCUUGA